UAUAUUUUGUUUUUUUUUUGUGUGUCCUUAUUUUUUUUUAAUUUUAUUUUUAAGUAAAAUAUUUCAUUUUAUCACUAUUACUUUUAGUUAGGGUGAUUAUUGCAUAGCUUAGUUAUUUGGUUGUCUUAAGUCGUUUGAUUAUGUGUUAGUACUGAAACUUUUCUAGUUUAAUUUAAACAAUGUUCAUACAUUUUAGAUAAAGUCAAUAUUUGCUAAAAUAGUCUAUAUAAUGGCUGGAAAAGACGAGUUAGAUGACUGUGACAUCAUCAAACAAGGAAUGAUGGUCAAACGUUCUCAGAAUAAAAAAAGAUUUAUGCCCAUUAACUAUAAACAGAGGUGGUUUGUGUUGACUACUAAAAACUUCAUUUAUUAUGAAUCUGAGUCUGAUGAAAUUAUUGAAAGAAGCUCAUUGCCGUGUCUUCAUAACAUACAUCAACUGCUUAACAGGCGUAAAAAAGAAAGAGGACGCAUAAAAUUAUCAUCAAUCACUAUAAUAGAAACUGCAACAAUAACACCAUCACCAAGUAUUUUAUCUCAACAAGAUGCAACCAAUAAUGAAAGUGAAAAUGGAUAUGCAUUUCAAAUAUCCUAUAGUGAUAUUAACGAACCACAAUAUACAUUGUAUUUGAUAACCCAAAAACUUCAAGAGCGGACGGAUUGGCUUCAAUCUCUGAGAACAGUAUGUGUUGACAAUAUGGGAAAAAGUGAGAGGUAUCAUUUAUCUAUAUGGGGUGGCAAAAAGUGGCAAUGUUGUAGAGCACCUUCACGAAACUCAGAAGGAUGCGAGCCAUGUUCUGAAUGGAAUGAAACACCGCCUAAUUCACCUGUGAUAAAAAAUGGUAACAACAAUAGUCCUGUAUUAUCUUUGACUACAGUCAAUCAAAUAAUGCCUGGAAAUACGCCGACUGCUAAGCUUAAAGACCAAGUUCCUAGGAUUAAAGUAGUAACUGCUCUUUAUCCAUUUAAGGCAAUUGAACCAGGAGAUUUAACAUUAGUCAAAGGAUGUGAAUAUGAAGUUAUUGAUGACUCACAAGAUCAUUGGUGGAAAGUGAGAGAUGAGCACGGGGCGAUUGGUUAUAUUCCUAGUAAUUAUGUCAAAGAAAAGGAACUUCUUGGGCUACAAAAAUAUGAAUGGUAUGUUGGAGACAUGUCUAGACAGAGAGCUGAAUCUCUAUUGAAACAGGAAGACAAAGAAGGUUGUUUUGUUGUUAGAAAUUCUUCUACUAAGGGACUUUAUACACUUUCACUCUUUACUAAAGUACCACAUUCUCAUGUCAAACAUUAUCAUAUCAAACAAAAUAGUAGAGGAGAUUUUUUUUUAAGUGAAAAACAUUGUUGUUCAACAAUUCCUGAGCUAAUCAACUACCAUCGUCACAAUAGUGGUGGUUUAGCUUCAAGAUUGAAAACUUCACCGUGUGAUCGUCCUGUUCCGGCAACUGCUGGAUUAAGUCAUGAUAAAUGGGAAAUUGACCCUGCUGAGCUUAUGCUACUGGAAGAGUUAGGAUCUGGUCAGUUUGGUGUAGUACGUCAUGGUAAAUGGAAAGGAUCAAUUGACACAGCUGUAAAAAUGAUGAAAGAAGGUACUAUGUCAGAAGAUGACUUCAUUGAAGAAGCUAAAGUCAUGACGAAACUUCAACACCAAAAUCUAGUCCAACUUUAUGGAGUUUGUAGUAAACAUCGUCCAAUCUAUAUAGUUACUGAAUAUAUGCGACAUGGUUCAUUAUUGAAUUAUUUAAGGAGACAUGAAAAUAGUUUGGGGGGAAAUAAUGGACUUUUACUUGAUAUGUGUAUUCAGGUGUGCAAAGGAAUGGCUUACUUAGAACGUCAUAAUUAUAUUCAUCGAGAUCUUGCUGCAAGGAAUUGUUUGGUAGGAUCAGAAAAUGUUGUAAAAGUUGCAGAUUUUGGACUAGCAAGGUAUGUGCUUGAUGAUCAAUACACUAGCUCUGGAGGUACCAAAUUUCCUAUUAAAUGGGCUCCUCCAGAAGUAUUAAACUAUACUAGGUUUUCUUCUAAGUCUGAUGUUUGGGCUUAUGGUGUUUUAAUGUGGGAAAUAUUUACAUGUGGAAAAAUGCCAUAUGGGCGACUUAAAAACACAGAAGUAGUUGAUCGAGUACAACGUGGUAUAAUUUUAGAAAAACCCAAAAUGUGUUUUAAAGAAGUAUAUGAGGUAAUGAGAAAAUGUUGGAGUCAUUGUCCAGAAGAUCGUCCAUCAUUUAGGGUGCUUAAAGAUCAACUUGCCACAGUUUCUCAAGGUUUACUGGCUGAUUGACGAUCUUUAUGGCAAUCUUGUGAUUGUGUUAUUUGUCUAUUGCUUGAUUUUGGUUAUGAGCCGCUCAUAGAAUUGUGCCAGUUAGUGCUUGAUAAAAAUCUUUCUGGCAUUUAAUAACUUUUAGAUAUUUUUAUA